AUGGUCAGCUCCUGUUGUGGCUCUGUCUGCUCUGAGGAGGGCUGUGGCCAAGGCUGCUGCCAGCCCAGCUGCUGCCAGACCACCUGCUGCAGGACCACCUGCUGCAGGCCCAGCUGCUGUCAGACCACCUGCUGCCAGCCUAGCUGCUGUGUGUCCAGCUGCUGCAGGCCCCAAUGCUGCCAGUCUGUGUGCUGCCAGCCCACUUGCUGCCGUCCUAGCUGCUGCAUUUCUAGCUGCUGCAGGCCCAGCUGCUGCCGCCCAACCUGUUGCAUUUCUAGCUGCUGCAGGCCUUCUUGCUGCCGCCCCAGUUGCUGUGUGUCCAGCUGCUGCAGGCCCCAGUGCUGCCAGUCUGUGUGCUGCCAGCCCACCUGCUGCCGCCCCAGCUGCUGCCAGCCCACCUGCUGCCGCCCCUGCUGUGGUAGUUCUAGCUGUUGUGGAUCUAGCUGCUGCCGCCCCACCUGUUGUAUUUCCAGUUGCUGCCGCCCCAGCUGCUGCAGGCCCAGCUGCUGUGUGUCCAGCUGCUGCCGCCCCACCUGCUGCAUUUCUAGCUGCUGCCGCCCCACCUGUUGCCAGACCACCUGCUGCAGGACCACCUGUUGCCGCCCAGCAUGCUCUAGUGGUUCUUGCUGCUGA